CCUACCAUGUCUUACGCUGACGCCGCCUCAAAACAUCUACCUCCUAAUCAACCAAGAGCUGACCCUGCUCUCUUGAACACAUCGCCUCCAACUGCUUCCCCUGGCAUUGAUCCAACCAAGAAAAUCAACUUGGUCCCACCCAGCGACCCUGUCGGCCGUCGUAAACACACCAGACUCGACGAGACACGUGAGGAAGGCCUGUACAUCUGGGAGUCCGCGAAGCACUAUCUACUUCGUCCCGGUAUUGCAGGUGGAUUGAUUGGAAUUGUCAAUCUCGGUCUGCUCGGAGGUGCUGCCCGGGCGUUCUACGUGAACCCCAACUAUCGUCGUGACACCACUGUCAUUUCGAGUGUUGUGGCGACCUCGUUUGCUGUUUUGUUUGCUGAAGGGUUUGCGGCGGAUGCGUACCGAAAGACGCCGGCUGGUCAGGAAGAGGAGCGCCGCGCCAGAGAGGAGGGUGCCGUAAUCUAUCGCCAUGCAAAAGAGCAGAUUCUGCGGCCGGGCACUCUGGGCGGGAUAGUCGGCGUGUUGAACGUUGCAGCUUUGGGCACAAUUGGUUGGUUUGCUUACGACAACUGGGACAGAACUUGGGAUCGUCGUAUUAUAAGCGCCAUUUCAGCCGGCCUUGCAGCGUUGUCCCUCGGUGAAGGCCUGUUGGCCGAAAAAUACCGCGUUCAGAAGAACUAA